UUGACAACAGAGACACCAAACGACUGUCCAAUGAAUGUAUUAAAUGGAGAGACAAUCGACUCAUUUGUUAAUCCAAUCAUUUACUCGUUGUUUGCAUUGUUUUAGCCAUAGAUUAGUCACUUAAUUGAUCACUGAUUUCAUUGGAUGCAACUAUGGCUCGAGUAUCUCAAGAAGUGCUCACAAAUACUAUUAAAGAUAUCUUAGAGUCAGCUGAUCUUAAUGUGAUGACCAGCAAACUGGUGAGGAAUGAGCUCAAGAAUCGACUUAAAAUAGAUGACAUCGACUCUUAUAAGAAACAAAUUAAUGAUAUCAUUAAUGAUGUUAUUUAUAAUUUAAGUCAAAAAAAUCACAAGAAAAGUAAAGACAAAAUCAGUGAUAAUAUUAAUAAUAGGAAAUUGAAGGACAAUGUAGUGGACACUAAAACUAAUGAAAAGAGUGAUAGUAGUAGUGAUAGUGAUAUUGAAGACGAUAUCAAUAAAAAAGACAAGAAGAACAUAACAAAGAAUGACGAAGAAUUUGCACGAAAACUAAACGAAGAAGAAAUGACUUCAACCCGAAGAGUCACCAGAAAUAGUCUUAAACCACAGAAAAAGAGAAAGACAGUGAAGAAGAAAGAGAAGAAAGAUAAUUGUGAUGAAGACAAGUCUGAGAAAAAACGAAAUACAAAUAAAGGUUACCUUAAGAAGUGUGUCUUAUCUACUGAAUUGGCGCACUUCUUAGGACAACAAGAGAUGGCCCGAUAUGAAGUGGUCAAACGGAUCUGGUCUUACGUUAAAGACAACAAUCUUCAGGACCCAAAGAACAAACAGUUUGCGAUUCCCGACAAUCAGUUGACACCAAUUUUCGGUCUGUAUUUUCAUUAUCAUUAUUAUUACAAAAUUGUUCACAUAUUUUGUUUAACUAACAAUAAUUGUCUGUCAGUUAGACUUGUUUUAUAUAAAUAGUAAACUAGACUUUGAUAUACUGUUGUAUUAAAACAUUAUUACAAUUCAAAUCAAAUGUGAUAAACAUUUGUCUCAAUUAUAAAAUAUCUGAAAAGCACUCACUUUAAUGCUUUCAAUUAAAAAUAUUUUUGUGCGAUUUAUAAUCAGUUACUCUGACUUUUCACUAUUAAUUACAAAAUUUUGUCCAUUUCUUGAUUAUUCUUAUAGUAUUUAAUUUACAAUCAUUUCAUUUAUGACAUUUUUUAAAAAACAAUGAUC